AUGAAUUUCAUUUUGUAAUUUAUCGUAUAUAUAUUUUAGGUAUUCAAUCAGAAAAUUUUAUCCAUUAUUUAAAUCUUUAAAAGUAUUGUUAAAUAAGGAUCAAAAUGGAUAAAAUUAUCUUUUAAAAUAUUGGCUUGUAAACUUGAUAAUAUCACUUUUUGAUAUCAUUUUCUUUUCGGAAAAGCUUAAAUAAGGAAUACAUGAAUUAAAUUUAGAUCAAUAGUUUAUAUACUUUUAAAGGCUUUUGCAAAAGGUUUAAUUUAAAAUAAACUUUUAUUAAUCAGUUAAAAUUUUCUAUAAUAAAAUAAAUUCAUUAAUUUAAUAAAAAGAAAAAAAUUGA